AUGUCUUGGCAACUUUUUGAAUUUUUCAUCAAUAAUCAUGAUUCAAUAACAGAGUCGGAGCUAGUUGCACACGGAUCUAAUUUUAGGAUAAAACAGGGAGCUAAAAGAAAGAAUGAAUUGAUGAUCGAUAAAAGAAUCACGGAUUAA